AUGUCCCGCGAAAUCCUUUGUAUUUCGAAGAACAUCACAGAAAUUGACUAUCAAUACCAAGACAAAGUUGAGACUGAGGCACCCUCACCAGCAGCCAACGAAACCGCUGUUGCUGCUCCUGCCGCCGUUGCCGUCGCUGCCCCAGCCCCUGUCGUUGCUAGCUCCGGACCCGUCGCCGCUGUCGCUGACGAGCCACUGCAGGCGGUCAAAACACUGCGUCUCUUGGCCAUCAAGGAUUUGGUUGGUGGCAAGUCAACACUGCAAAACAAACUGCUAGGCAGUGCUUGUAUAUGCAAGUAA